AUGCGGGAUUCCGGCGAGGUGGAGGUGCUGGAAGACGUGAUGGAGGAGGAGCAGGAUGAACUGGUCCCCAACCCGUUCUACCCGGCCCUCGUGGUCACCCCUCCCGAUGUGACCGUUGAGAUGGAGGAGGAGGCAGUGCUAGCUGCUGAAGUAGAGGAGGCCGAUGAGGAGGCAGUACCUGCUAAGUCAGACUCGAGCAAGUCCGACGAUGGAAACGCGGGCGAAGCUGACGAGUGGAGCGACGAAGGGGAUGAAUGGUGGGCCUCUGGUCGCUAUGAGGGGGCAGAGGUAGAGGAGUGGGUGGCGGGUGACGAAGAUGAGUACAUGGCCACUGAUGGGGCGAUGCUCAGUGAUAGAUGCAGCAGGGCGGAGCUGGGGGAAGGGGAAGCAGCAAAGGAGACAGAGGUGGUGGAGAGGGUGAUGCCGGCAUCCGAACCUGGGAGCAAGCGAAUGGAAAACAAGGAUGCUGAUGCAUGGGAUGUUGAUGCAUGGGAUGCUGAUGCAUGGGAUGUUGAUGCAUGGGAUGUUGAUGCAUGGGAUGCUGAUGCAUGGGAUGUUGAUGCAUGGGAUGUUGAUGCAUGGGAUGUUGACGCAUGGGAUGUUGACACAUGGCGAUAA